AUGCUACUGUUGUUGCUGCUGGAUGGUAAAGCAGCGACAGAGUAUGCCGUGACGUCUGGGGCAGCAUCAGUCCUCUGUCGCGUUGUCUUUUCGCAGCUUGAAGCAGCGGCGUUUGAGGGAUUCUGCGUCCUGCGAAAUCAGCCCGCUGCUGUUUUUGCCGAUCCUGCUCGGGAAGCUGCACCCGUUGGGGUUGCAUCCGAAGCAGGACUACCAGGAAAAACAGGUGUUGCAGUUCCAUGGAAGGAGAAGCGUGAGUUUGUGGGGGAGGAAAUGUCUGACGAGCAGCACAUCCAGCCCCGCCGCAACGCCCUAGACCCCAAGUCAAGCAAUCCAAAUCAACGACUAAACUGUGAGCGGCAUCAGCAGCUAACAACCCGGCAAUGCGGCGCCAGGAACUCUGAUGCGGAGAAGGUCGUGGAAGGACACAUCUGCAGAAGGAACAGCGUGACAGGCGUACAUGGCUCCGGGAAAAUGGCGAAGUUGUUAAGGUCGUUAGGUUGUCGUGAACUUUCAACAGGCGAUGCCAUAAACGCGUCGCAUUCGCCAGCGCUUGCGCUGCUGCAAAUGCUGCUGUUGCUGCAGGGGACCUUAGGGUUGGCUGCCGCAGCAGGUGGAUGCCUAUUUGCCGCUCCGGCGUUGCGAUGCUUCUUCGGUCCAUCAACGGUGGCUCCAGGGAGUGGCUUCGUUCAGACUCUGCAAGUGUGCGUCCCGUGA